UGCUGAAAAGCGCGCAAGAAAAAGGAGAAAACUUGGACAGCGAGCGCAACGAUAAUUUGGCUCCAAACGACUACAACACGCCACUUGAGCUCACCGAGCUGGAACUCCGCGAGGAGAUUGUACGAACGCUUACUACAUUUAAUCCGGAGGCGCCCAAAUAUCCAGUUGAGUUUUGUUUUAAAACUCAAGGAUUUGUGCCCAGGGAAAAUCAUAGCCACUUUAUCGUUCAUUUAAAUGUAGAAUCUACUUGCUUGGAGAGAGAUUCAGAGGCUGCUCAGGAACAACUUGCUAGAAUGCAGUGCAGUGAUCCAAUCGAAAUUAAGAGCGCCUUGGCCCAAAUUGGAACGACCGGUUCCGAGGAAAAAGUUGAGGAGGAAGAAGAGCCCGAAGUCGAUGGAGAAGGUGGUGCUGAAGAAGCGCCAGCUGAAAAGCACGAUGAACCACUUGCGGAGGUUAUUGAAAAGCCACCAGAGCCUGUCGCUCCGGUUGCAGUGCCUGUGGCUAUUUCCAGUAAUCCGCCGAAAAAACUCACUAACCAAUUUAACUUUUGCGAAAGAGGCUCACUGACACUUAACAAUCCCUCGAGGGAAGUUAGCACCCAGACCAAUCCACCGUCCAGGAUCACCUUCUCGGCGAGCAUAACGCAGUGGGCAAUUUACGACGCGUACAUGGAGGACCACGAGCAGCAGGAGAUGAAGGAAAAAGAAAAGAAGGAAAAGGAGAAGGAAAAAGCCACGCUGGCGCCGCAAAAGAAGGAACAGGAGGCCAAAAAGCAGGAAGGGGUGCAGGAAAAGAGCAAGUUCACCAGCCCUGAAAAGGCUGCAAAGAUUCUUGAACGAAUGUCCAACCAAAAUACCUAUGAUGAAAUAAUCCAGGAUUUCAAAUACUGGGAAGAUCCCUCAGACGAGUUCAAGGAAGAGGAAGGGACACUCCUGCCACUGUGGAAGUUCAGUUGCGACAAAGCCCAAAAUUACUCCGUCACCAGUAUUUGCUGGAAUGAAAAUUGUCCCGACAUAUUUGUCGCAGGCUACGGAUCAUUUGAUUUCAAAAGGCGCAAGGCUGGCUUGAUGUGCGUUUACACGAUGAAAAAUCCGUCAUACCCUGAGCACCUCGUGGCUGUGAAGUCGGAGGUGCUGGCCGUGGACAUCCACAUGACCUGCACUAGUUUAAUAGUGCUCGGUCUUUCUGACGGAAAUAUAGCAGUUUUUGAUUUGACCAAAAGCUGCGAAACUCCUCUUCACACCAGCAAUUCCGUUAAUAACAAGCACUCGGCAGCUGUCUGGCAGGUUCGUUGGAGUAAAGAGCUGAGUCAAACGGAAAUGACGAUUUAUUCCAUAUCGGCAGACGGUCAGGUCCUGAGUUGGACCCUCAUGCAGAACGAGAUGAUAAAAAUGAAACUCAUUUCGCUCACGUUCUCUACUGGAAUGAUUCAUUCUGACGACUCAUGCCCUCUGACAGGCUGCGGCACGGCCCUCACCUUUCACCCCACGGAAAACAACAUUUUUCUGGUUGGAACGGAGGAAGGUCGGAUCUACAAGUGCAGCACGGCGUACACUUCGAUUUUCCUGUCCGAAUCAGAGGCGCACUACAUGCCAGUGCAGCAGGUCGAUUUCAAUCGGUUCAACCCUGCUGUGUACGCCUCAUGCAGUGGCGACUGGAGAGUGAAAAUUUGGGAAGACAACCGAAAGGAGCCUCUGUUUGAAUUCGACCUUGGCUCUCCAGUGGAAGACGUAGCUUGGGCUCCGUACUCGAGCACCGUUUUGGCCGCAGCCACGGCUGACGGCCGUGUUCACGUGUUUGACCUGAACGUCAACAAGUAUCGUCCCCUGUGCCAGCAGGUCGUGACUCAGAAAAAGAAGUGCAAACUGACCAAAGUGUCUUUCAACCCAAAACAUUCGAUGCUGAUAGUGGGGGAUAGUUUCGGAGGCGUUUCGAGCGUGAAAAUGUCACCGAACCUGCGCAAGAAGCAAAAACCACCUAAGAAGGGGAUGAUUGUUGAUCACGAGACGUUGGAAAAACUCAAAUUGGACAAGCUGCUGAGUUUGGUGCGAGAGCCAAACAAGCCCCUCAUGGUUUUGGAAACGGAGAGCAAUGCGAAUUGAAUGGGGAUUUUAAAUUAAAAUAUGCAUUUGAUUGAUUCGUACGAUUGUUAUUAGUAUUUGAAGAUUUUUGAAAAUUUUAACAAGAGCUGAAAUGUUACCAAGAUGUGUACAAGGUAUAUUUAUAUAAUAUAUUAAUCUCAUUAAAGG